GUUGACCACCCUCAUCUUCUAGGUUGUACACAAACUAUCCUAAUACGGAAUGAGCUUCUUGCCUCGUAGGAGUUAUGUUCAGUUUAUCAUAAAGUUAUGUCGUAUGUUCACGUAUUCAGAAUCUUUCAGUAUUCACCCACAAUGUUUGGCAUUUUCGGUUAAAUAGAAUCCACUUUUUUUCAUUCCUCUCUGUGUUCGUUUUUUUUUUCAAGGAUGAUGCUCGCGAAGCUUUUUUUAGCGCUGAAGAUAUGCUUCCAGGCGAUUACACCGUUAAAAUCGUAUAUGCUUUAGACACAGCUAUUGCGACCAUUGAUAGUUGGUGUUGGCAAAAGUCAUCUAGUAAUCUAUUUCAAACAGUAGACUCUUCUGAAAGAAUUCUUCGAAUACGUUCUGAUGACUUACACUAUAAUAACGAAACAACUCUUGACUUUACUCAGACCGGAUUUCUAAUCCCAGUAAAAUUUGAGCUACCAAUUUACGUUAAAACAAUGCCUUCAGUACUCCUUAACGCUUCAUAUUUCGUUACGAAAAAUAAUGAAUCAGUGGAAAACUCCAUUUGUGGAAUUUGACAAGAACAUGUAACAAGGUGAGUAUAUUCAUGUAUACAAUUGUUUCUUGCAUUAUUUUCACUGUAUUGCCAUUGAUAACUCAAUAAAUGUUCGGUUUCUAGAGUCAACUGACUGAAAGCUAUGUAUCUAGGUUUCAUGCUUGUUGUAUAUCACUAGCAAGAUAUACACAUGACCAUGAAGAUUUUUCAGUGCGUCAAUGUAAAAACUUGUCUCUGAUAAACUACCUAACAGGAAUCUUGCUUCUAGCAACUUUCCUAUCUCAUUCAAGGAGAUUUCUUGAUUGGCACACUUAUCAGCCACUCAUGGAAGUUAAUGGUGUAAGCCUAAAAAGUUAAGGUCGGAUAGGAAUUUAUGGGACUGCUGAACGUAAGUGGUUGCUUGUUUCAUGGAUGCAGACAAGAGUUGUUUGACUGAGUAAACCGUUUAAUUGUUUUUUACACACAAAAUAACAUUUGUUCAUUAUCGGUUUUACAUCAUAAAUGUCAAACGUGAUAAAAAUAAGUCGUUGAUGAGGUAACCUUGGUAUGAUUAUCAGCAAUUGAUUCUGCUCGAAACGUCAUGUGAAACGUAAAUUCCUCGGAUAAUUGAUGUGAGAUAUGUGUGGAAAUGCAGACUGGCGGGUUUCGAGUCCACCUGACAAUCGGAAUUGAUGAUUUGAGACUUCAAGAUGAUAUCACUAAGAAUCGAUCUCAGUGGUAUAAAUGCUUCCACACAUAGUGUUCGUCCUAAUCGUCAUAUCACACUUCGUUACACCCAUUUUUAUGGUUUGGUUUCGUUAUCCCUAGUUUGUAUAUCUCAUGUUGGUGCUGUGUUUGUUGAUGUGACGUAUGAUAGCUAGAACCGUUUCUCAGUGCUGCUUAGUCUCAUGUUGAUACUGACUACCUGGUCGACCCUUAAGGUCAUUGUCUUACUGAAGUUUCUCGUUCACCAAGUUAAUUUUUUCAUCCUUAUAUAUACUUCAAAACCUUGCGAACACCUCUAUUGGCUUCCUAGAUUUGUCUACCGUCGCCCGAUCAAUUGUAUACAAUCAGCUUGUCGAGCACAUGCGCUCAUUUCAGGAUGUUACAGACCACUGAAAUAAAUCCAUCUCGUGACUGUCAUCUUUCUCUGAAUUCUGGUCCGCAUAUCCGCGUAGGCGCAGAAAAACUACCGGUUUUCAUUCAUUUAAAGCUGGAUAAAGUGGCAAAAAGAUUCUCUAGUGACUUGGAGGAAAUUUUUAAUUCUCCAUACUCUUUCCAAAUUGAAGAUCUUGAUUUGAACACGAACAGAACACUGAAGUCUGAACUCGUUAAUACCAUUUGGCCAGCGAAACCUCGUAAUGUUGACUCCUUAUUUUCAUCGGGGAUAUUUUGGGUUAAACUUGAUAAUCCAGUUCGUGUCAAGUCCAAACCCUUCACUCUUCAGCAGAAUAAUGUGGUUCACUUAAUUACACAUCCGUUUAGUCAAGAUGUUCAUUUGCAAUCAAACUCUCAAUAUCAUAUGGAUAAUAUUUCAUGCGCCUUAGUAAUGCCUGUGGUUGAAACACCUAAUCAUACUCCUACAACUGAAGUACUGCAAUCAUUAUGCUUUUCGUUUUUCGAUGGGCAGCUUAUUGAAUUUGAUCUUACAAUUGCUGUCAAUCUCCGUGGUCGUAUUGAUCCACCCACUGAAAAGGUUGAUGUGGAGCUGUAUUAUAAAGUUCCUCAAACAUCACAACAGUUUUCACCUUUGAUGCAACAUGAUCAUCCAUCCUUACUCGUAGAUGAUGUAUCAAAAUUGGAGAUGGAAUCAAAAGGCUUCAACACAUCUGUAACCGUUGCAACUACUCAAACUGAUAAACAUGGUGUAUUCUCUUUCAGAGCUUUGCCAUUGAUAAAUUAUGAAAAACUGAACGUUAAUUCUUUAUCAGAGGUGUCUAAAAUGUAUCAGAUUUCAAUAUCUAAAGCCGGUUACAAAUUCGAUAUAAUUAACAGUACAAAUACUAAACAGAUGGGAGGUUUCCAUUGGUAUAUAAAGUCCACCAAACUCUCACUUGUAGAGGUGUUUGUUUUUAAACAUCCUGUCUUGAAGGAUUCGCGUCAACCAUUACCAGCUGUAUUAAUCUCCAUUAUUGGCGAAGGACAUCGUGCUAAUCAUCUGACAAAUGAUGAUGGUGUUGUACGCUUUGUUGGUCUGUCUCCUGGGCAGUAUUAUUUGCGUCCAAUGAUGAAAGAGUACUCCUUUACAGUGAUAUCUCCUGAUCCAUCAGAAUCUGGUCAAGCUAUUCCGGUCCAAGUAGAAGAGGGUAAAUCAGCUGUAGUAAUAUUGUCAGCGCGUCGAAUUGCUUUCUCUGCUUCGGGAAUUGUCACUUCUUUAGCUGGUAUUCCAGAAUUUGGCGUCUUAGUUGAAGCCACAUGGUUACCCGAUCCACCCAAGAUUAUUCAUAAUGAUAUAUUGCAUUUAGCGUCGGCCAACAACCUGACUUGUCAACUUCAGUCUGAUCAAAUCAAUGUUAUACCCCAUGAACAAUCUUUGACUGAUUCAGACGGUAAUUUCCGUAUAAGAGGUCUCAUGCCAGGUUGUGCAUAUAUGAUCUCUGUCUAUACUAGUCCCAAUGCACCUACAGAUCCGAUGUAUGAUCAUCUGACACUAGACUCACGUAAUGCAGUUUCUCGUAGAGUUGUGGAGCAUGCAAUUCCUGGCCAUGUCAAUUUUAAGAUGCCCUCGACUGAUACAAACGGAUUUCAUUUUUAUGUUAUUCGUCAUCUUUUCACAUCUACGGUUACCGUUAGUGUACAGACAUCUGAUAGUUAUCUAUCGACUUUACAUCUAGUCGUAUUCCCUGUGGGUCAUCCGGAGAAUACUGUUGUAAAACAUGAAUUUGGAUCAGAUUCUUUAUUAUUUACUUUGACCGGUUCAAAACUGGCCCCAAUGAUUGGACGAGAAUACGUCAUACGUUUGAUUUCUGAUUUAAAGUCCAGUUUUUAUACUGACGUCGAUGCGCAAAAUAUUGUGUUUAAACCGAAAUCAGGUGUAAAUGAACAUUAUACCUUUCAUUUCAAUCCCAAAUUACGCAAUUCCUUAAGUGACUAGGUACGUCUGUUUUUCUUACCUACACUUGUAUGUUUUUUUUCAUGAUAAAGUUUAAUUGACUUUAGGUCGGAAUUCAUCAUAGACUGACGACAUCAUUCGGAGCAACAUUGGAAACCUGGGAGCACUGGACACUUGUUUCAUCCUAGUAUGACACUCCUCAGCAGUACGCACCUAUGACCUCUUCAGGGAUCGAGCUCUUGACCUUCGGGUUUCAUGGUCAGCAUGUUGUCAUUGGUCCACUGAGUUGGGAUCCAGUAGUCCAUAUUUACAACUCCUGUCAGUUCACGAUAUAGCUUGAUUUACAUCUAAUGUCGUCGUUGAGUAACUGUCCUCACGUUCGACUCGUUUGACUCCACUGAUCACAACUUCUCUUUAGAACUUCAAAUACCACCUAUCGAAGCUAGUCACCCAAUAAUAAAUCCCUACAAUCCUCUAGAUCGUGAACGCGUAAAACCAAGUGAAUCUGUGGUUUAUUGGACUAGGCAGUUAACUUCCAACUAGUAGAUGAUGGGUUUGAACUUAGCCCAAGGUAUUAAGGUCUACGCAACCGAGUAGUAUCAGUACCCCACACACAAUCCAUGUGACAUUGUAUACUGCACGAACGUGCUUCUAGUUACUGUGUGCAUUUUGAUUUCUGUGCGUUAUAAUUAUGACUCCUGUGGGUAGGUAUUACCGUUCUGAUGUUUAGUUAUAUGAACACUAAGGUAGAUAGUCUAAGUCUUAUUCAUGAGCAAAUACUAUCCUACGGUUUUGUUUUAUGCAUGUCAGAAAUAUGACUGAAUAACUUACUUCCGAUAAGUGAGUAUAUUUCAACCAUAUCAACCAAAAUUUGCAGAAAAUCGGUGUAGGAAUCACCUAUUUGCAAAGAAUCGACCAAUAUAAUAUAGUCACUGGUUGUUGACCUUCACAUAACAAGUAGUCAGUCAAGAUAAGUAGGUGACAAAUAAUUGUACGUCAUCAGUGUUUAUUCAUUCCAAUAAAUAUACUAUCGAAAAAAUGUACGUGGUUACAUACGUUUUACUCUCAGUGAUAUUCCAUAGAUAUCUAUGAAACAUUUUACUGAUGUUUGGUACCACUUUAACUCUUAAUUUCUAUUUUUAGAUAACUCUCAUUGAGGCUACUUUGACUCAUCACUCCAAUCAUUUGUUGUAAAACAUUUUGAUAUUGUUUUAUUAUUAGUAUAUGUUUAUUUUUGUGAUUUAGUAUUAUUUUCCUCUAGUGUACAUUGUAUGCUUGUCUUUCAAAUAGUUAUUUAUAACUAUCGCAAUGUUUAUUUGUAAAGUUUGUUAAAAAUAAAUGAGCAUUAUUUUG